AUGGGCCAUGCUUUUGAGCAGAUACAUGAUGGGGUCGCCAGGGCAUGCGAGGCACGCUUUGUUCUGAUUGGCCGGGCAUAUGCCCACUCCCAAACCGCACUGGUUCAUUCUAGGGUCCGAGGGGAGAUUCAGUUGCACAUUAACUGCCGGAUCCCGGCCUCAGCGGCACAGGUGGAAGAGGCCCUAGCCCUCCUGCCGGAGUGGCAAGAUGCCAGGACUGUGCAUGAUACUGGCAUGAUGAGCGGAGAUGCUCCCAUCUUCAUGGCGCAGGACAUAUAUGAGUCCAGGGAAAGGUGGCACCUCAUCCCCGUACCGUACUUCUUGAGACUGUUUUUGCUCUGGCCGGUUAACGAGCAGCUUGUGCAACUUGCAGAUUCACUGCCUGCACCACCGCAUCUACAGGUCAAUGCAAUGCAGCAGAGCCGCCAUGGGACCGUGCACCAUUUCCACCCUCGGGAUCUAACGGACUCACACAGCUUGCUACAGCUUGCAUGCACAUCCCAAAAGGGGAGCUCUAGUCCAUAUGAGGAGCCGCCUCCAGCAGAUGCACUGCCGCGACCCGCUACCCUGGGAUGCAAGGCCAACCACUUCCAAACGGCCAUCAGGCCGAUGGCUAGCCUCAGACUGGUGCCGAGUGAAUUCGAUGAGGUCGUUGACAGGGUUUUUCUGAAUGUCGCACUCCAGAUGGCUCCGCGGGCCCCGGCAGAAAUCGAGACUCGCUUCACUGUCUUUGACCCCAUCUUCCAGACCCGAGUGUUGACGCACCAACCGGGGCGUAGAUGGGAAUGGACACUGCUGGCAGUGUUACGGGCAACGGCACGACCCAUACGAGCAAUUCAACGGCUCUCUGAACCCAUAUGGGGUUUUCCAGAGCCCCAGUUGGUCGUGACCUUCGACACCACGCCUCCCGACCAUGUGGCGAUCCCUGUUGAUGGUCGUCCCCUAGGGAACGCAAUCUGCACGGUGCACUUGGGGCCACGAGCCAUCUGGGAAACCCUAGGGCAGAUUCUGCAAGAGACGAUGCCUGAGACCAGAGACUGCCGAGGUAUCGGGGACCGUUUUCUGUCGGUUCUGCGAGACGGUCACCUUCUUCUCUCAGAUGCAAAUCGGCCGCUUGCCGACCCCUUGCCAGACCGUCUCUUUCUUUCCCAGUUCCUCACACCGCACGUGCGCCCGCACACUCCUCCAAUCCCUGCCAGCCUCACAGUGAGCGAGCCAGCUACCGGGCCCAACGAGAUUCCGCACCCGGAGGCCGUUGACGUGAACUCUGCAGCUGCACCUGCACCUGAGGCGGAAACAGGUGAACCGCGCCCGCUGAACUGUUCGGUGCCCACACCGCACGGUCGCAGGACCAUAGCUGCUGCAGGCCGGCGGCCGGAAACAGCCAAGGCCUCGAUAGCUCGGCCUUCCUGCCUUGCUCUGGAGAGGCUGGUCCCACCACCUGCCCCUGGCAUCGCCUUCGGUGUGCUGCCUGAGAUCUGCGCGCAUGCGCUGCACGAGCACACCUGGGAGUGCCUGGCGCAGGAUCUCGAUGCCCUUUUUGAGGUCCUCCCAGUUGCCCGGGUUGGUUGGAAAGCGCUGCCGCCAUACCGCAAAGACCAGCCCUUGCAAGCCUGUUACUUCUACACCGACGGCUCUUUCUAUGCGGAUAGACAAGCUGGGGGAUGGUCUGUCGUUGUUCUGGGCCUGCAAAACGGCCACCCUGUUGGCCUUGGCUGGGUAGGCGGUGUUGUGCCUCAUGCUACGUCCGCAUACGAGGGUGAGGUACGAGCAAUCGUGCACGCACAGGCCCUUUUCCUGAACCAAGCCGCCGCCUUCGGGGUGAUUGCGUCGGAUUGCAGUGCGGCACUCGACCUUGUCUUUGGAAAUGCCAGCUUCAGCCCAGAGGACGCUGUCGCCGCUGCAGCAGUCAGCCUGCGCGGAGCUAGCACUGCGAAGGGCCAGCAACUUUUGCCACUCAAAGCAGAUGCACACACGGGGUGUGCCUUUAACGAGCUUGCUGACGCAGUUGCUAAGUCCGCCGCACUGGGAUCUGCAAUGCCGGCUCUGGCUUUCUCGCCCAGUAGCUUUUGGCAAGGUGUAGCCGAAGGUGUCAUAGAUUGGGCCUGGACCUGCUACGGCCGGCCCAAUUCAGCACAGGUGCCUACGCUCGAUGCAAACGGAACAUGGUCAGAGGCUGCUUGCCUGAUGCCGCCUGUUCCGCUACCGCCUGGCACCUACUUUGCGCCUGAGGCAGUAGCUGAAAACACGGUGCAGGAGCUACAUGUAUCUCUGGUGCAAUACAACUGCCUUUCCAUCAAAGGCCAAGCCGCCAAAGAAAUCAUGGCGACUGCACUAGCCCAGAUCGGCUGCGACGUUGCGGGCCUCCAAGAGACGCGCACUGCCGACGAUGGCAUCAGCACACCGGGGUCAUACUGGGUUCUGAAGUUCUGA